AUGUCAGCUGUCAGCAAUCCUGAAGAAGCAACCCCGUCCGGUUAUCAUACCGACCUGGAACUUAACAGUCCAUAUGACUGCCAACAGCAGCAAGCAGCAUUUUUGUUGUUCCAUUCAAUUCUGCUUGCUGCCUUUCGAAGUAAUGAUAGAUAUUUAUUAUUAUUUGCUUGUGACUGGGGCAAAAAAUUUCAAGUCGUCCAAAGUCACGAUAAUAACAAGAUUCAGUUAAAUCACCUGGCCAAAAAAAUUUUAAAAUAG